UGUAGACUCAUUGAUAGUAAACCGAGUGGACCUUUAAAUUGAAUCUCUGAAUGAGAGAUGAGUCACUUUGUUGUUGUUUUGCUUUUUCCUUGUUAUUGUUACUCAAUCUAAUUUGAUUCUUUCAAUAUUUUAGAUUUAAAUUGAUCAUGGAUAAAAUUCCACCUCCACCUAAAUCAUUAACUUCCAAUGAUCAGAAUUUAAAUGAAAACGAUGAUAAAUCAACCCAAGGAAAAGGAAGAGGAUCAUUUACCUAUGGAUGUAACAAUAAACUCGAUGAAGAAUUGAUGAAAUUAAGAAGAGAAAUGCCUUUAUGUUUUAUCGACAAUAAUCAGGUUGGUUUACGACAAUUGGACAUGUCGCUUUUGUCCCAAUUAAAUGCUCUGAAACAAUCGAUCUCUGAAUACAAAAAGGCUCUCAAUGUGAUCGUCAAUGGAGAUGAGGUUGAACAUUAUGGCGAUGGUCAAUUCAAUGGGCAGUACAGUUCAUCUUUGGUCUCAAUGGAUCAAGAAAAUGAUUUACCAGGGGAUGAGGAUGAAAUCGAUGGUGAUGAUGUUAUCACUUCGGAUGACGAAAGGGAAGAAGAUGGAGAAGAGGAAAAUAGUGAACGUUCAUCUGAAUCUAUUGUCUAAUCUUCCAUCAGCUGAUCAGUUGAUUCUGAGAGAGAAACAAACAAUAUACUUAAUUAUUUGAUGGAAUAUUCAUUAUUUUCAUCUUCGAUUUUCUUUUCUUAACCAUUUUAUCACUUUAAACUCACACAAUCAACAAUUUCCACUUAUUAUUCAAGUGACAAUUCCAUUAAUCAAAUAUCAAUUAACUGAUUUUCUUUUAAUCAUGUGACUCAGUGAAUUUAGAGAUUUUCAAUCCUUGACUAAUUCGCAAAGAUGCCAAACAUAAUCAUAAAAAUUUAAACUAAUCAACAAUUAAAGUCUUCACUGGUUAACUCAAUUGUCUCAAUAAUUGAUUUCCAAAUUGACUAAUUGUGAUUAUUUGAUCCAAUGUUUCGUUGACCAGAAUCUGUCCUUUUGUUAUCGACUCAAACAUCAAUUGAUUAUCAUCAUUUUCCCUAAAUUAAUCAGUUAAUCACUCGUUGGAAUACAUUUUUCAUCAUUGAUUUAAUUUGAUUGUUCUUAUUUUUUUUCUUUGUUCCAUUCGAAUGAGAAAAACAAAUGAUCCAUUUAUCUUAUUUUAAUUGCUUAUUGGAAAAUUAAGAUUAAAAUUAUAAGAGAUUAUCUCAAGACAAAUACUGGAGAAACCCCGAUUCGAUCCAAAGUCCAAAUCCAAAAUCGAAAGGCCAUUUUCUCGUUCAGAGCCGUUGAUGAAAUCGUAACGAGCAAUUUCAUUGAUUAUUAAACGGAAAAAAUUGAUUACAUUCAGAUAAGUUUCUCUUUUUAGAAUCAACCUAAUCACGGAAAUCAACUCUCUAUCUUAAUCAAUCUGAGUUGAUUGCUGAUUGUCAAGAAUCUCUUGAAAAUUAUUGCAGACAAAUUAAUAAUUAAUGUAAACCAAAUCACUUUUCCCUUGAUUAUCAUUAUGUUCAGUUGGCGAAACAGUCACAAUUAUAUUGAUUAAAAGCUAAUUUCCAAAAUCAAUUGUUACUCUAUUCUUUGACCUUUACGUGCCAAUUAAUUGAUCGUUUACUAUCAUUAUAUUAAUUGUUGCUGAUUGUUACCUGAGAAGUAAAAGAUUAACUUGAAAUCGAUUGGGAGGAGCUUCAAGUUGUCAUUUGCUCUCCAAUGUUUUGGUUGUUCAGUAAACAACAUUUUCUUCAUGUGAGAAUCAAACAACAGUCUUGAUUUUCAUUUUCCUUCCAAUUAACACUGAUUCAAUUUUCCAUCGUCUUGAUUGUUAACAAUUAACUAAUUUCUCUAAAAACAUCAUCGUCUAAAUACUUUCAAAAUUGGAACCAUCAGCAAGUUGAUGCUUCUUGUUUGGUGAACAGUUGAUUGGAUCAACCAAUGGAUUCAACAUGUCACCUUUACUAUAGCUUUUCACUUGUGUCCACCAUUGUUACCCUUUGUUUACCACCAUGAUUUUCACUGAGAUUGUUUCAGUUUUCCUUGUUCAUUCUGAUUGUUGAUUCUCCUGAUAUCUAAUUGAUUAUGUCUUCAACUAAAAAGAAGGAGAGACAAAAGUUGAUCAAAUGUUUUCUCAUCUUGAAACCCUCAGAAAAAGAUAGACGAAAAAUUCUGGUUGUUACCAAAUAUUUUCCACCUCUUGGUAAUACAAAUGAUUCUGUUUCAUUGGAAACAAACUCAUCAUCGACAGAUAAUAAAUCAUCAUCUCAACAACAACAACAUUCAAAUAAUUCAAGUGAUUCACAAAAAUUUAACACUAAUCAAGUGACGAUCAUUGAUGAUAUUGAUGAAAGCUCGUUGACAUUGUUUUGUUUACCCAAUGGUGGAGAGAUAAGUUCUAAUCGUCUUCAACCCUCUUUCCAUUCAUUUUUAAUUACUAAACAAAAUGGUUCCCGAGUAUAUGGAUCAACCUUAACCAUUUGGGAACGAUUUAAAUCUGGUGAAGAUAAUGAUCGUUAUAUAAACAAAGCGCUUUGUUUCCUGACCAGUUUACCGUUUGUUGCUGCCAUGAGAAAACUAUUACUCUACAUUUAUGAAAACAAUUGUAGUCUCAAUGUAGUCCAAAGUAUUUGUGACCUUAAGAUGCCAAGUAGAGGGAAAUGUAUCAAAUUAAAACUACCAAAGAGCCGAUAUAUUGGCUGUUAUCAGAAUUCUCAUCAACCUCAACCCCAACAACAGAAUCAAUCGGCUAAUCAAUUGGAAGAUCAGAUGAAAUAUAUUGGACCUGGAAAUGGUUUGAAUUGUUUACAUGAGGAGAUUUACAUUUAUCGAGGCCUUUCAUCGUUUCCGCUGUUUGAUUAUCCGUUACGUCAGUUGUUUAUCGAGAUAUUGACACCGGAACAAUUUCUAAAUGCCUUUAUUGCAACUCUACUCGAGUACCAGUUACUAAUUAUUUCGGAAAGUUAUUACAAACUGAUGAUGGUCGCUGAAGCCUUAACUUCACUUCUUCUUCCAUUCUCCUGGCAACACGUUUAUGUCCCCAUUUUACCAACCAAAUUGGGUUUGCACUUCCUUGAUGCACCAACACCAUACAUUAUGGGAAUCAAUAGUAGCAGUAAGGAUGCGGUCAACAUUUCGUCCACUUUUACUGGUUCUAUGGCCAGUAGCAUUCAAUGUAAAAUCGAUUGUGAUUCGGGAAAGAUUGAUUAUUUUUACGAUGAAAAUGGUUCACUUGAAGAUGAUCUUCUAACUGAGAUACCUCCAUUUAUCGAAGAGGUUAAAAUGGAGAUUGAAUCAAUCUUAUCAUCUGAACCUCGAUUAUCUGGGUUGAUCAAUUUUUCUCAUGAAACAAAUUCCUUAUCAAUCUCACCUUCACCUGCAAAAUUAACUGAGGCCACUUUUCCACUUCCAUCUCUACCUUUACCUGUUAAAUUAAAAUCAACCAAUUCACCUUGUGAGUUUACUUAUUUGGAUGAUUUAAAGCUCAACCAGUCAUUAAGAAUUGCAUUCUUAAAGUGUAUUAAAAAAAAUAUUUUAACGAACCAUGAAAAGUUUAUUGUCACGGCUUCAACUCGAAAAGAGUCCGUUACCUUUGAUUCUGUCUCUUACCUCUGUGAUCAACCCGAUUCGAUGAGAAAUUUUCUGGCCAAAUUUCUGAAGACUCAAAUGUUUGUUAGUUUUAUCGACGACAGUGUCAAAAAAAUGCACAAAUCAAAGCAAGGAAACGUUUACUCGAGUCAACAGUCCCUUUUGGUGGCCUCUUCGUAUGGUUCUGAGGAAGUUGACGAGCCCGUUUUAUUGGGUGACCCUGAUUUGGAGAGUAAAUUUAACAAUGCACAUGAGAUCCCUUUCACCGAAGUUAUAAUUGACCCAUUGAUUACACCUUCGAAUGAUCUUGGGCUUAGUAAUAGUCGAUUAUUGGCUUCGCCGAUGAGACGUCGUCGACCUCGAACUCCUGCCAAUGAAACAAGUUCUCUUCGCCGAAGUCGCAAUACAAGUGAAAGUGGUGAUGAUGAUAAUUCACAAUCGAACAACAAUAACAAUAACAACUCGAAUGAUUUGCUUUCUAGUCCAUUUCGAGUUCCAACUGCUUUAGCUGCACAAACUAAUUGGAAAGUCGUUGAUGUUUUAUUACGAGAUGUUAAGAUACGAACCAAACGAAUACUUUUAGCCAAAAUGGGCAACGAAGAAAUCGCUCCAUUAGGCGUUGGAUCACCGGAAGAUAUGGAAGAAAACACGUUAAUCGCAUCUCUCUGUGAUCUUAUCGAAAGGAUUUGGAGUCAUGCUCGAGCUAAUGACAAGGAAACAGUUCGAUGUUCCUUUUGGUCUCAUGUCGUUGCCUUUGCCACUUUACAAAGAGAAAAUGGAGAUAAUUCUCAAAUCGAUUCAAGUUUACUUACUCCUGCUCUUGCUUGGGUUCUUUUACGGAAAAGAAUCGAUUCUUUAAGUCGCAUGUCAUUAGAUUCAUCGGGAUCAUCAUCAUCCAUUUCAACUCCACCUUCACCAUCCAAAGAUUUAACAAGUUCAAAUGAUUACCUGAAGCCCAUUCCAAAUACAUUUUACUACGAUUAUAAAUCAGUCCAAUCAAUGAAAGAUAUUAAAACUGAGAUUGGUAAAAGCCGAGCAUUCAUCCGAUUAGCCUUGGAACGUAAAUUGUUGAGUAAACAUUUACGAGUACUACUGAGUAACCAAGAGCUGGUUGUAUCCAUGUACAAAAGAUAUGCUUUCCUGCGAUGUGAAGAGGAGAGGGAACAGUUUCUCACUCACUUACUGACCUUAAAUGCCGUUGAUAUACUUUGUUUUACCAACACUUUUACCACUUCGACCAUAACUUAUACUCUGGUGAUUGAAGGAUCAGGUCCAUUAACGGGUUGGAUCUCAUUGAGUGGAACAAUUUCUCAAUCAACCGAGAUUCAAAUGACAAAUAUUUCUAACGUGUUUACAUUUAAACAUAUUAAUUUAGGUUUGAUUAAUUCUUUAACUAUUUCGGUUACCCAUUCAACCAAAAUUUUCGUUGGUCACUGUUUUGUCCGAAACGAAUCAACUGGACAUUUAUUCAAAUUUGUUUGCCAUCGUUGGUUUGGUCAAAAUAUUGAAGAUGGUGCUACAGAACGAGUACUAAUCGGAGAAAUGGUUAGUAAUUCAUGUAUUGGAGAAAUUUUGAAGAAAAGUCAAACUCGAUCGUCAUCGAUUGGUCGUCAUUGGGCUCGAACUACAAGCGGAUAUCGAGAUGAACCUUUAGAGGUUCAAGAAUUACAACAAAUGCUCGGAGAAAUCGUCAAUGAAAUGGUCCGAUUGUAUUACAAUCACUGUAGUCAAAAUUAUAACAAUCAUGUUACAACAAAUGAUAGGAAUCGAAACUUAUAUUUAUCUCCGUUGAAAAAAGCGACCAGUCGAAUGGCUCGAAGGCCCAUGAACUCAUCAUUAAGUCACUUUUCGGCAUCUACAUACUCUUCCAGGCAGAAUCUUAAUAGUAGAUCAUCAUCUUCAUCGAACUCACUAAUUCAUCAAAAAAAUCUAGUCGCUCUCAUAUUCGGAGAGAAGCCUUUAUGGACUUUAUUACAAAUAUUUUACUAUGGUUUUAAAAGGCGAACUCGAUCCUCAUUCCGUAAACAAAUUUUCCUUUGGGAUUAUUUAUUGGCGAUAAACUGUGAACUUAAAUUAUUGGAGAAUCGAGAACCAAUGAUGGAUAAAUUGAUCAACACCAUUGAGAUUAUUUCGAGAGAGGCAACUAAUUGGGGAAAAGAUUCCAAGUUUCAAUUAUUUACCAUAAUAUCAAUUCGAGAUCAUCAUUUAACCAAGUUCUUAAAAUACCUUUCGAAACCUCAAUUGGCUUCCCAAUAUUAUGAAAGUAACUCUUUUCUUCGAGAUUCGGUUCUGAUGGUAUUUCUGGUACAAAUUCUCGGGACAUUUGAUGAAAUGAAACUGACCAUUGACAGUUCGUUGACCAAAGGCUUAUGAAACACAAACUCACUAGUUAAUUCACUUAAAACAGUGUAACUUAAAUCUAUUAGGUAUCAUUCAAUUAUUACCUAGAAAUGGUUGACUCAAGGAUUGUAAGACUAUUCUAAUUGUUUGAACUCCAUUUUUUAUAAUUGUGCCAUAAUCGUUACCAAAAACUUGAAAACUUUUCCAAACCUUUUUCCAUUCUUGAUUAAAUUAAAUUGUAGACAAUUAAACAACUGUUUAUAUUGAAUAAAAUGAUCAAAAUAAAAUAACAAAAGCCUAAUCGAUCAAAUCAUCGAUUGAGUUUAAUUUUCAUAAUCAACCAGCAAUAAGAAAUGAUUGAUUCACCAUUCACACGUACUUGAAGUUGUCUAAUCAACUUUGGCAAUCGGGAUCUCGAUCAUCAGCUUUUCUUAGCAAUCAGUUAAUCUGAAUCAUUUCAUGAGAUUAUCAAAGUGGUUGGUUGAUAAUGGACAUGGAGUUUAUACCGAUAAGAUGAAGAUAAUCAGGAGAUUCAUCUGAAGAUGUCCGAUGGAGAGGAAGAUAUUGAAAAAGGUGAGAAUUCUGAAGAUGAACUGACCAGAGGCGAGCGACUUCAAAAUCAGAAUUAGAAUCUGAUCUCGAAGAUUUUGGACAUGAUGCAAUUUAGAUUCUCUUUAAACAAUUAAUUUACUUCUCUAAUUAUCAAUUUAAUCAAUAGAAUAGAAUAUAAAUUAAAUAUUAACUAAUUGUGUCUCUGUGUUUACUUUUAUCCAAUCAACUUAUUGUCAAUCAUUUGAUUAUCUACUUAUUAAAUGUAACUAUUAUAAUUAUUGUUAUCUAAAGGUCAAUGACCUUAAAUUCAUGAUUAUUGUCAUACGAAUGAUAAUUAAUUAUAAUUAAUAGUAAUAAUUAAACUUUGUAACAAUAUUAA